ACUAAGGAUGAAUGGUGUGAAAACUGAGCUGGGGGGAGGUGGGUGGUGGCAGAAAAUAUGGGAAUUGGGAAAUGUCACCAGGCCACACUGUGCUAUCUGCCUUCCCCAUUUGUGUGCUUUCUGAGUCAGCAUCAGCUAAAAUUUCCAGAAGGCCAUCCACAAAAUACAGGCUGGGCAUUCAAGGGACGUCAUUCAUUUCCCCCAGUGACCUUGACAAGUCAGAAGCAUGAAAGCAGGGAAAUCCGGAUGUCUCGGUUAUGAAGUGGAACAGCGAGUGUGCCUCAUCGUACUUCCAGAACUCUCCCUCAUGACAGGUGACUAUCUGCCUCGGUGACUGCCAGGGCCAUCUGAAGUGCUUCUCCAGCUUUGAAGUAGUAGAAACAAUGGCCAAGUGCUUCAUUCUGGUAUUGCUUCUUGCCUCCAUCUGGACCACAAGGCUCCUGGUCCAAGGCUCUCUCCACAAAGAAGAACUUUCCAUCUCAAUACAAUGCAGAAUUAAGGGGGUCACGCUUGUGACAACCAAAAACACAGCUAAGCAGAUGAAUUUCACAGAAGCCACGGAGGCCUGUAGACUGCUGGGACUAACUUUGGCCAGCAAAGACCAGAUUGAAGCAGCAUGGAAGUAUGGCUUUGAGACUUGCAGCUACGGAUGGGUGGAAGAUAAGUUCUUGGUCAUCUCUAGGAUUUCUGCAAACCCCAAGUGUGGGAAGAAUGGAGUAGGUGUCCUGAUGUGGAGAACCCCAAUCAGCAAGAAGUCCACUGCCUACUGUCACAACUCAUCUGAUACGUGGAUUAACUCAUGUUAUCCAGAAAUUACCACCACCCAAGAUCCCAUACUUGACACUCAAACUGCAACAUAUGCAACAGAAAUGACUGUCAGUGACAGCACAUAUGUCACAUCAUCUACGGAUGGACCUUACUCUACCAGACAAACUCCUUCUUCUACCCCUAAUCCUACUCUGGCUUCUACUUCCGCUCCACGGAAAAGAAAAGUAAUUUGUAUAACAGAAGUUUUAAUGGAAACUACUACCAUAUCUGCUGACACAGAAUCAGAUAUUGAAAAUCAAGGAGUCAAGCAUAAAACUGAUGGGUUUGGAGGUGUUCCCACGACCCUCCUGGUGCUUGCACUCCUCUUCUUUGCUGCUGCAGCUGGUCUUGCAGUUUGCUACGUCAAAAGGUAUGUGACGGCCUUCCCUUUUAAAAACAAGAAUCAGCAGAAGGAAAUGAUUGAAACCAAAGUUGUGAAGGAGGAGAAGACUGAUGAUAGCAACCCUAACGAGGAAUCAAAGAAAAAUGAUAAAAAGCCAGAAGAAAUCAAGAGUACACCCAAAACUACAGUUCGAUGCCUGGAAGCUGAAGUUUAGGUGAGAAAGAAAUGAGAGGACACAUCUGAGGCUGAUUUCUUUCCUGCUACAUAUACUGGCCCCAGAUGGGGAAACUAAAAGGACUAUAGAACCAAACAAGGAAAUCCAGCCUUGGCUCCUAACUGGAAUCAGCUCAGGGCUACCUUCAGGAAUUCACCAAAUGGAAUUCCACUCCUUUUACUACAAUCCUUAAUGGGUCUAACCCUUCCCUCUCCAAAGCAUCCCACAGUACUUCUAGUCUAGUUUUGUCCUAAAGAUAUCCCACUGGGAGAAAAGAGCUUUGCAAAGUUCAAAGACCUAAGACAGCUUCAGAACACAUGUGCAAAGAGAUUUCUAGGCCUACUGAGAAAAGGUGAGUUGAGAGCCAAGAAAUUGCCAGAACCCAGGUUUUCCUUCCCAACUCCACAGCCAGAUUCUUUCUUCAGCUAUGAAAAGGAAAUACUUAUACCAUCUGGCAUGUCCACCUAAGUCAGGCAGGAACAAAAAAGGGAAAGGUUUAGCAACUGAAGGCAAUAGAGAUUCCCAUGACUUGAGACCUAACUCUAGAAAUCCAAAAUAAAUAGAGAAAAAGAAUGAGGCUCAGAAUAUUGACAACAGAUUGUCAUUAGAGACUGAAAAUACAGAGAGGGUCAAAGUAUUCAUCUCUGAAAAAUUUCAUUUGGAAUCACUUUUUAGAAUAUAGCACACAAUUUUCUCUCCUGCUGCUGGUAUUUUCUCUAAAGAAUAUACUUUCAUAAGAAAACAAAAAUUUUCUUUUAAAUUUCUAUUUUUAUCUGAGUUACAGAAAUUAUUACUGAAGAAACUACUGUGUUAAAAGCAAUAAAAUUUAACAAAUGUUUUCUGACUAUCUACUAUAUGUCAGAUCUUGUGUAAGGUAUUAUGUUCUGUAAUUGAAUGUUAUUCAUAAGAAAUGCAUAUAGUAGAAUGUUGUAUGAAGCUAAUUUUUUUUUAGUUUUGAUAUCCCUCAGUUACCCACUUCCAAAACUAAUAUUUUUUUUUUUGCUGAGACUAAUCUGCUCAUUAUUUUCUCUUAAUAGCAACCGUUAUAACCUUAAUUUAUUAUUAACAUAUCCUAAAAAGUACAUUAUUACCUCUAUAAAACACACAUUUUUAAAGUGCCAUUAGCAAAUGUUUCACUAGCUCUCCUUUUUCCAGCAAGAAGAGCCCGAAAGGUGCAGAAAUUUUUGUGAUGAAAAAAAAUAAAAGCAUUUAGAAAAUUUCUUUGCUCUCUUA